CACGACCUUCACAUCGGUGCUAUACUUGCAUCGCUCAUACAUUGCGCACGCGCUGCCGCAGCAGACGUGGACAUAAUAUACACCUACUUGCUAUAAAGCUUUCUUGAUCAUACGAAGUGUUUGGCACGCUCUUUUGAAGAACCUCUUACAGCAAAACUAAAUUUGGUUCAAAAUCUGACGCUUGUUUCUCAGCCAUAGCAAAAGUCACUGAGCGGUGUAGUCAACGCGCUUAUCAUGGACGAUCAGCAAUUCCAGCCAGAACCCAGUACCUCAGAACAGCGGUAUGCUGAAGCUCCAGCAGGCAGGAGACCUCCUAGGCCAAAUCAGCAAGCACGGGGAGGAGGAGGCAGGGGGCGAGGAGGCCUGGGUAGGCAGGGCCCUGCAGGGACACCUCCUGGGCUGGGGAAGCCUCAGAGAAGGGCAAGCGCCUAUGAUACCAAUGGGCCAGCCAGGCAGCAGUACGAGGAUCCCAUCCCUGAUCUGCCCAUCGGCACCAAACUCCAGGGCUUUGUGGACCACGUCAGGGAGCACUUUGGCUUCAUCAGGGUGCCUCAGGCAUCAGACCUUGUCUUCUUCCACAUCAGCGCGGUCCAGUCAGCAGAGGGCCCGGCAGCUGCAUCCAGCGGGGAAGCUGCCGGGUCAGAGAAGGGAGCUCUUGCGAAGACAGCGGCAGCAGCAGAUGCAGGGGCAGCGGCUGCCUUAGAGGAGCAUCCCGGGAGUGAGCAGCAGCAGCCAGAUCAGGCGCAGGCAGAUAGUGGCCGAAAGAAGGAUCUAUCAGAGCUGCUGCAGCCGGGUGACCCUGUGGAAUUUGUAGUGGCUGCAUCGAGCCAUGAUGCCGUGCGCCACAAGGGGAACCGGCCUCCCAAGCUCAUGGGCACUUCGGUGAAGAAGCUGCCUCCUGGAGCUAUUGCUACCUCCAGCGUGGCUGAGAAGCUGACAAGGGGGCGCGUGGAGAGGCCCCUGGCAGGGUCUAGUGCCAGCUCAUGGAACAGGGAGGCAAACGGAGGUGGCGGUGGUCUGAUCGGCUAUUUGGAUCCUGAGGCGGAUGGCGCAGACGGCGAGAAUGGCAGGCGGCUGUUCUUGACUUUUGAGGGGACUGAUGUGAAGGGCAGGACUGGGCGCCUGAACAAGGGCGAUCCUGUGCAGUUCCUCAUCACCACAGACAUGCGCACCGGGAAAAAGCGAGCGACGCAGGUGCAACGAGGGACGCAGCAGAGCCAGCCACCCCCGGAUGCACCCCGGGAGCAGGGCUUCGUUGAUAAAUUCAUGAACACCUAUGGCUUUGUCAGGAGCAUAGAGCGCGAGGGCCAGCCGCCGCUGUUCUUCCACAUCAGCGAGGUGGCUGACAGCUCAGCGUCCGAGGUGGCGCCCGGCGCCGAGGUCGCCUUCUCGGCAGCUGCUGACCCAACCGGCAAGCUCAUAGCCGUCGCGCUCGAGCUGCUGCCAGCUGGUACUCUUGCAGAGGAACGCAUCUGGCCGGAGCGCGUGCGGGGGCGCGUAGUGAAGGCGCCAGCCAAGGCAAAGGGGGAGGAGCAAGCAACACUGGGGAGGAUGAACGUGGAAGAGGAUGCAGCGGCGGCGCUAGGUCCAGAAGAUGAGGUGGAGUUCACAGUCGUGGCAAACCGCCGGACAGGCAGCUUCCGCGCGGAGACCGUCGAGCUGCUAUGCAAAGCCGAGAAUCGCCGCGAACUUGGGCAGAUAAAGCAGCUGAAGGAGUCCAAAGAGCCGGGCGGCGGCUUCGGCUUCAUCCGCGCGUGCGAGCGCGCUUCCGACGUGUUCUUCCACUUCUCACAGCUGUCGGGUGUGUCAUCGUCUGAGCUGGCGCCGGGUGAAGAUGUGGAGUUCUCGGUUUCGCGCGAGCCGCUGCCGGACGCGCCAAAACGCAUCGUGGCACAGAGGGUGACACGCGCGCCAAAGGGGUCGGCGGUGUUUGAGGUGGUGAGCGAGCAGGCGUACAGCGGCGUUGUCAUAGACCGCAUGGUUGCCAAGGGCACCAACAUCGCCAGCGGCCUGGUCCAGUACGAGGUCGACGGCGUUCCUGCCAAGCUCACCUACGGGCCCAAAGAUCUGCAGGCGCGCUCAACAGCAUUGCUCCUUUCAAUCCUGACCUCUGACACCAUUGAUGCCAAGGUGAACCCAAAGCCUCAGGACCAUGUGACCUUCCGCAUAGCAGUCAACCCGAAGGCCGCCAAGGCCGCCGAGAAGGUCGGGGGCGCAGCUGCGCAGCAUGCAGGGAGGCGCGCGACGCAAGUGGCGCUGACGCCCAAAACAGGCCGCAUCUUCUCUUUCAAGGGCACCUUUGGAUUCCUGGAGUACGAGCUCGAAAGCCCCAAACCUCCGCGCCUCUACUUCCACGCCAGCGAUGUCGAGGGGAAUGUACAGCUGCGCCCGGGGGACGAGGUGACAUUCACGGUGGCCAACCGCCCCCCCCGGGCUGAGGGGCCCGACAAGGAGCGGGGGGCCUCCCCCCAGGGAGCCUUUGUCGCCCGCCGCGUCAUCCGCAUCAAGGAGGCACCUACAAAGCCGGAGGAGGAACUCGUGGCCGAGAGGAACCCGCAGGCGCCCAAGUUUAUCAAGGCCAGCGCGGACAAGGUUGCGAGCGCUGCCAAGGGGAAUCAAGCGGUGCGCAUAGCGCGCGGCCCUGACGGCACCAAGGGAUUUGCGCCCGGCCGCGGCCGACCCCUGCCGCCCGCCGCGCCGUCUGCCGGCCCCGGCGCAGCUGCCCCCGGCUCGGUGCUGCGAUCAAGCCUGAGCAGCAAUUCCCUCAAUCCGACAGCCGCCGAGUUUGUACCGCGCACUUCACAGGAGUCUCUACCGCUCCUGGCCGCUGCAAAGCCGGAAGCUGCGCCGGAAGCUGCGCCGGAAGCUGCACCCGCGACUGCCGCAAAGCCGGAAGCUGCGCCGGAAGCAACCCCUGCAGCUGCUGCCGAGGCAGAAGCAGCUGAGGAGUCUUCAGUGGACCCUGCCACAGCAGAUGCACUAGCACCGGAGCAGGAAUCAAGUGGAGAUGAGCUCGGGGAUUCUGGAGAGGCAGAGAGAGCUAGGCUGUUGCUGCAGCUUCAGCGUGAGCUGGGCAUGCUUUGA